AUGCGCCAGGGUGAAGAGACGGUGACAGAAAGGACAAGGACACAGUCAAAGAAGAAGAAGAAGAAGAAGAGACAGACAACGAGAGAGAGCUACUGCAACUGUCGAGGAAACAUCGUCACUUCACUUCAAAAUCUGAAUGAUGGUCAGAUUCAGUUUUGGAAAAGAAAGCGGAGGAGAACAGAGAGCAUUCAAAAUGAUCGCCAAGACUUUGGUCUUUGUUGUAAUACUGAUUGCAUCCACCAGCCCGACAGCAGAAGGAAGCCUGAAACUCAGGUGUCCCAGAAGUGUAAAUCCAAGUGCCCCGACAUCCACCACAGCUGGUCCCACAGCUGGUCCAACAACUGGUCCCACAACUGGUCCCACAACUGGUCCCACAGCUGGUCCAACAACUGGUCCCACAGCUGGUCCCACAGCUGGUCCAACAACUGGUCCAACAACUGGUCCCACAGCUGGUCCAACAACUGGUCCAACAGCUGGUCCCACAGCUGGUCCCACAGCUGGUCCCACAGCUGGUCCAACAAACACCCCAACAACAGGAAACCCAGUCGCGGGAGCACCGGGCCAAAUCUCAAAUAUAACAGUGGCAAGCUUGACAGCAGCAGCAACGGCAGCAGCAGCAGCAGUAGCAGCAACAGCAGCAGCUACAGCAGCAGCGGCUGGAGCAGCCUCUUCAGGACGAGAUGCUGAAGAUGCAGUAGCAGCUGCAGUAGCCGCUGUCACUGCUGCAUUAAAUGCAGCUGCAGCUUCUGAAGGACCACUAAAUGGAAUACCACCUGCUUUUGCUGCUAGAGAAGCAGCAAAAGCAGCUGAAAAGGCAAAAUUAGCAUUAAAUGCAGCGCUAAAAGCAGCUUCAUCAGCCCCAGCAUCAAGAGCAGAAAUGUUAAAAAAAAUAGUAGAGGCUUCAGCAAAUAUAUCAGCUGCAGCAGAUAAGGUGGCUGAAGCUGCAGCUGCAGCUGCCUCUUCAACAACAGCAGAAUCAGCAAAGUUAGUUGCAGCAGCUGCAACAGAUGCAGCAGAAGCUGCAUCAAGAGCUCUAGCUGCAUUGCAGGUAGCAUUAUCAGGGAACAAAUAUGCAACAUCCGGAAACAACACAAACUCACCAUUUGUGCAAGCAUCAAUUUUAGCAGCAGAAAAAGCAGCAGAAUUGGCUGCAGCAACAGCAAUGAAAGCAAAACAAGCAGCUGAAGCUGCGGCAGAUGCAGCAACAGCAACAUCUGGAACUGCAUCAAUCAAUAAG